AUGGAGGCUCUAUUGAAGAUCGCCGAUAAUUUUGCCCUGGGUACGCUCCCAGUUCCAGAACACCCCGACGACACCAUCGGCCAAGACGAAUCCAGGAUCCACGAAGACACAAAUGCCGCCGCUUCUUCGCCAUCAGCAUCAAGCAGCAUAGAACAGAGGCUGGAAGACGAGAUCCGCCUGCGCCAGUUCACAGAAAACGUCCUCGACUCGCGACAACAGGAGCUCGAGGCUCAGGAGGCGACGAAUAGGGAGCUGGCGGCUAAGGUGGAGGAACUGAAGCGGGAGCUGGCCAGCACACAGGAGCAGCUGGCCGAGGCGCGGGGUCAGGCCAGGGCCAAGGGCAAGAAGCUGUCGGAUGCGAGGGACCAGAUAUUCCGGCUCCAGCCGACGCGCAAGGACGUGACCGAGACGGAGGCGGUGGAGGGCUUCCGAGGCCUGUGCAGCAAUGUGCAGCGAUGGGUCGAGAAUCGGAUGAAGCCGAUUCUGGAUGAUCUGGACGUCGGGAAGCUUAGGGCGCGGGCGCCAUCCACAGCGGGAGCGACACGACUCACUUCGUUCAUGAGGGAGGCCGCGCGACGCGGCAUGCACAUCGACCAGUCAGACAUUUACCACGUCACGGCCGUUGUCAUGAAUUACCUCAGCCUAGUAUUCUUCUCCAAGUCAUUCUACAGUCCGUUGGACGACUACGAAGGCGACGCCACCUUAACCUUCCUAAAUGAAUUGGAGCUGUCCAUGUCACGCCUACCUCGAGGGAAGAAGAUGCCCAUCAAGGCCAUCUGCAGGCCGACGGUGCUCGUGUUUGGCGGCGACGUCGAGGUGGCCGUGAAGCCAACGGUGCUUGGUUGGUUGUGGGAGGGCUCGGCUCAGACGGGUCGAGAGACGCCGACUCGGCCGACGGCGACGAGAAGUAAGUCAUUCUGGGCCUCGGUGAUGUUCUAA